AUGUCGGACGGAGAAGAGCCCACUUCCCCGGUCGCCGCGGCCGAUGAAGUCGAAGUCUCUGGCGAUGCUGGCGCCACCUCUGGUUCCAUGUCCGUCCUGGACGCUUUGAAAGGUGUCCUCAAACUCGCUCUCAUCCACGACGGUCUCGCCCGUGGCCUUCGCGAAGCCUCCAAAGCCCUCGACCGACGCCAAGCUCACAUGUGCGUGCUCAACGAAGCUUGCGAAGAGGAAGCCUACAAGAAGCUUGUCAUCGCUUUGUGCUCAGAACACAAGAUCCCUCUUAUCAAGGUCCCCGAUGGCAAGAUGCUCGGCGAGUGGGCGGGUCUCUGUGUCUUGGACCGUGAGGGAAAUGCUAGGAAGGUCGUCAAUUGCUCAUGCGUCGUCGUUCGGGACUGGGGCGAGGAGAGUCAGGAGCGCAACGUCCUCUUGAAUUACUUCCAGACUGAGCAGUAA